AUUUGUCGCCCAGCAACUGUGGAUGCUCGGGAUGCGUGCCAUGGGAGCACCUCACUCUGGAACGAUUCAACAUAAUUUCCACGCAGAAGAAGCAGAAUCGCUUACCUCCGCCAACGUCAUAUGUGUGUGUGUGCGUGUAUGUGUCGGGGUGCUUCGCCCAAUUCGCAAAGCCUUUUUUGCUUCGUGUUUCGCAUUAUCACUUAUUCGAUGCAGUGAAAUGAGUUGAGUGAGUGUGUAAUCGUUCCGAAAAUGUGUGUGGCUUCGCGCUCCACGAAAAAAGAAGGAAAAAGAAAACAGACGGAAAACCGUCCAUCGCAAGCCUCGAGGCUUGCGUAAAUGAAUUGCUGAUUCACGCGAGACAGGCAGGGGGGGACCGCGUUCGGAGGGUAGGGAGCGGGUCGCGUAUGAUUAUCCGCCCUUUGCCCCCCAUCUUCCGCUCGCCUGCCUGCUCUGUCGCGUAUUUCAACAAGCGCAAGCGUGCAUGUGCAGCUUUGUAUGUAGGUGCGUGAAGGUGUGUGUGUGCGGUUGUCGCGAGAACUGUCGCGACCAUCACGCAAAACGGUAUCGAUUUGGAGCGAAAUCCAGAUCCGGUCGGUAGGCUCACGGGCACGGCUGGCAUCCCAUCCUCGUGUGCCACUCUUCCUUCCUUGCUACCGCUCCGAGUGCGGUGGUUUUCAGUUCGAAAGUGUCAUUAAACCAAACACGUGUGACGGCACGAUUGUCUGCACUCAACCAACACCCGGUACAAAACGCCAGUACCAGUGCAAUGUGAACGUGCUCGAUGCGUAAGGAUAAAAUCCUGCAAAAUCCUUAAAUGGCGCAACGGCGAUAGAAAUUAAGCGUUGGCUUUAAAGUGCAUUUUCCCUCUACGUGUGUGUGUGUUGUUCUGCAUUGGUGCAUUUAUGUUGUGUUACUUUUAUUUACUAUUUAUUUCUCUUACCCACCCAUUCCCCCGUUCCCGUUACCAAUUGCGGCCACUACUGCGAUCCUGCUUCAGUUCGCCUAGAUGUGGUCUUUUGCUUGAUUGUGGUUUAACCGUUAAAGUGUCCGUUUGGUCCGCCAUUUACGUGUGAAUCGUGUGUGCGCGAGUUCGCGACCGUUGCUUUCCUCGUGGUGGGUGUAUUUUAAGUGUUCGCUUCCGUUUUGCAUUUCGAUGGGAGAAAUCAGUUCCCCGCGUGGUGUACAUGUCCGCUGUCGGUUGGUGUGAGCGAGCGUCGUCACUCGGUGGAGUUUAUUGUGGAGUGCGUGUUGCGAAUUAAAUUAUAGAGUAAAGUAUUGAAAGUGUAUUGAAAAGGCGCACAAAAAGCUGGCCAGUAAGGAGUGUACCAGUGGAGUAAUAAAGUUGUGAAGCUGCUUUUGGUAUAAUAGUGUCGCGAGUGAAGGGAAAUAAUUGCUGCAAGAGGAGUGUGCCGGAGUGCAAGAAAUAAAACCAAAGGGCGUUUGCUUGCAACAUUUCGUCCCUUUUUUUAUUGAAAGGAGUGUGUAGCAUAAUACAUAUCCCGCUUGAAAAUCGUCCAUCGACGAGAGCAUCAUCUGCGGCAAAACAUGUCCAGCGAAGAGGAUAAACCCCCGGCACCGCCCGUCCGGUUGACGAGCAAUCGGGGUGGCGCUGGCGGCGGUGGUGGUGUCAUUGGUGGCGGUGGAGGCAGCUCUGGAGUGAUCGAUCGAAUCGAUGGUGUCGCUCCGGUGGAUAUGAAGCCGUUACCAAAAGAACCAGAAGAUGCCGACCGGAAGAAGAAAACGCUCAAAAACAAGAUCAAGGUAUCGAAGGCGUCCCACAACGACUCGAAGCCGAAUAUAUCCUAUCCGACCAACUUCGAGCAUACGGUGCACGUGGGUUUCGAUGCCGUGACCGGAGAAUUUACGGGUAUGCCAGAGCAAUGGGCGCUGAUGCUGAAGAACUCGAACAUUAGCAAGCAGGAGCAGAAGAAAAACCCGCAAGCCGUGCUGGACGUGCUGAACUUCUUCGACAACAGCAACAAGCAACGGCCGAGCUCGAAAUAUAUGACCCAUGGGCUGCACACGACAACGCACUCGGCAUCGUCCAUAGGGUCGUCGCUGAGCCGGGUCAGCAGCAGCAGCCCGAGCAGCACGCCAACCGACUCGGAAUCGCACGGCGGCCCCGGGGCGCAGAUCAUCUCGAGCAGCCAUUCGCAAGCGUACAGCCUGGGCCUGUCGUCGCACAACUCGGCCGGCGAUCAUGACAGCGACGAUCUGGGCAUACUCAGCGGCAGCGCCAGCGGUAGCAUCAGCGGCAACGGCAUCCCACCGCCCAUCGCCAGCCGCCCGGAACGGACCAAAUCAAUCUAUACACGCCCGAUCGAUGAUCCGAUCUCACCGCCAAUACCUCCACACUUGAGUGCCGGUGCGACACACCACCAACACCACCACCACCAUCAGUCGGUGGGCAGUCACGGGUCCGUGCGCAGCCCGACGCAAUUCGACAAGAACAAGAACUCGGUGAACGCCGCGUCCGCACAAACGAUCAGCAGCCUGGCGGCGGCAGCGGGCGGUGCCGUGAUCGCGCCUGGCCAACCGCUGCCCCAGCAUUUGCACCAUCACCAUCAACACCAAGUAAACAAUAAAACGACAACAGUGGUACGUCCCGCGAUCGUUGCACCGCUCGCACGAUCCGACGACGAUCCCGACGACCUGGACGACCUCCCACCACCGGGGCCCGCCGAUGACGCUCCGACCGUUGACGACACGCACGACGACCAAUCGCUGCUGCCCGGUGGCAUCGCCUGUUCGGCAACGGAACCAUCGCCAGCGGCAAACCGAGGGGACGAGGAGAAGGAGGAGGAUCCGGCGGCGACGGCUGACGCCGAUUCUACCACCAUCACGACAACAACAACGACGACGACCACUCCCAUUACUACUACUACUACUAUUACUACUUGUUCUAACACCACUAGCACUAGUUGUUCCAUACUUACUGCGACAUCGCUUACCGCUACUCCGGCAGGGCCGGUCCCUCCGGGGGCCAGUUCCGGCGCAACAGUACCCCAACCCACACUCAAUCAUACGUCGUCCAACCUUACAGCUGCCAACAAUGGCCUCAGCAGUGGUGACAGCACCGGCACCUCGGUGGUGCUACCAGCGUCCGCCGCCGCUGCAGCGGCAGCCACCACCCCGAACAACGUCAACAACGGCGGUACCGGCAACCUCAACACGGCGGCAGCAGCGGCGACGACCGGCCCGACGACGACACAGCAGCGCGCCGCCAACCUGAAGAAGAAGAAAAUGUCGGACGAGGAGAUACUGGAGAAGCUGCGCACGAUCGUGAGCGUCGGCGACCCGAAGCGAAAGUACAACAAGAUGGAGAAGAUCGGGCAGGGCGCGUCCGGCACGGUCUACACCGCGAUCGAAAGCUCCACCGGCAUGGAGGUGGCGAUCAAGCAGAUGAACCUCAGCCAGCAGCCGAAGAAGGAGCUGAUCAUCAACGAGAUACUGGUGAUGCGGGAGAACAAGCACCCGAACGUGGUCAACUAUCUGGACAGCUACCUCGUGUCGGAGGAGCUGUGGGUCGUGAUGGAGUAUCUGCCGGGAGGGUCGCUCACGGACGUGGUGACGGAGACGUGCAUGGACGAGGGCCAGAUAGCGGCCGUCUGCCGGGAGGUGCUGCAGGCGCUCGAGUUCCUGCACAGCAACCAGGUGAUCCAUCGGGACAUCAAGAGCGACAACAUACUGCUCGGGCUGGACGGUAGCGUGAAGCUGACCGAUUUCGGCUUCUGCGCCCAGAUCUCGCCGGAACAGUCGAAGCGCACGACGAUGGUCGGCACACCGUACUGGAUGGCACCGGAGGUGGUUACGCGAAAGCAGUAUGGACCGAAGGUCGAUCUCUGGUCACUCGGCAUCAUGGCGAUCGAAAUGAUCGAGGGUGAGCCGCCGUACCUUAACGAGAAUCCGCUCCGUGCGCUCUACCUGAUCGCGACGCACGGCAAGCCGGAGAUCAAGGAGAAGGAGAAGCUUAGCACCGUCUUUCAGGACUUCCUUGACCAGUGUCUCGAGGUGGACGUGGAUCAGCGGGCGACCGCGUACGAGCUUCUAAGGCAUCCCUUCCUGAAGCUGGCCCGACCACUCGCCAGCCUAACGCCACUCAUUAUGGCCGCUAAGGAAGCGACCAAGGGCCACUGAAAGCGGGAGGACGUCGUGCUACCAUCGGGCACCGCUGGAACCGACGAUACUGAUGGGCCGCCCGGCGGCACCGCGGCUGACGGCGGGGGUAUUAGUAGUAGUAGCAGUAGUAGUGGUGGUGCGAUCGCUUCUGCCAGUAUUCCUUCGCCGCUUCCUGCUGCCCGCAGCGGGGCAAAGAACUGUUGUGCCGCCGGUGGCAGCAGCAGCAGCAGCAGCGAGACAACACGUGAUAAACCCAGUAUGGCCAACGUACUGUUGCCGUCCAUCGAUAACAGCAGCUGCUGCUAGAGCGUUUGUGCGCGUUGUAUGGAUCAGAUCUUUCCGGGGGUGCACGUGAAGGGUUAAAGGAAGGGAAUACGCAGAUCAGGCCGUGGAAGAUUCAGACAAAAAGAGAGAGAGAGAGAGAGAGAGAGAGAGAGAGAGAGAGAGAGAGAGAGAGAGGAAGAGAGAGGAUAGAGAGAGAGAGAGAGAGAGAGAGAGAGAGAAGAGAGUGAAAGAGAGACACACACGAUGGUUUGUACAUAGUAAAAAAAAAUGAAUUCAGAUGGCAGCAAAGAAUGCGCGACGCGACGGGAAACUGCGAGACAAACAAUACAACAACAACAACACUAUUUCGUAAGCGCAAACGAGGAAACGCAAAAGGUGAACAAAGUAAACCUGGCGUAGUCAAACAGAAAAAAAAACAAGAAAAGCAAAUACUUUUAGUGUUUGAGCAUUAAGCAUUAACAAACAAACAAGAAAAAAAGAAGACUAAUAUUUAAUACAUAGACAAUUUAAGAGUUAAAGAGCAAGAAAGCAGCAGCAACAACAUUGUCGGUGGAUCGAAAUGGCAGAAGAAAAAAAGCCAAACGAAACGGAGAGAUAGAUGGGUAGCAUUGCGAAACACAAUAAGGACAGGAAACAAGCAAUGUGGAUCGUAAAUGAGAACAAAAAAAUAAGGAAAUAACAAAUACACUACACCAUUGCAAACAACGUGAGCCUGCUCCCAUUGCGGAAGCGCAUAGUGAUAGCAUGGAUAAGCUAACAUGCAACGUGUGCAACGUGUAAGAAAACAGUACAGGCAACAAAGAAAACAAACCCCUCCCUUACAGCAUUAAUGUUGGUAGCACGCAAAAGCAGGUGAAAAUAGAUUACUCCAACAUAUACACACACGCAUACACGCACACAAGUACACACCUAAAACAUAUAAGCUUAAACUUGUUGAGGUGGUCAAGAGAAACUAAUUUUGAAGAAAGAAAAAAAACCAAUCGACUCUCCAUUGUAUAGUGUAUAUAAAUAGUACAAAAAACAGGCAAGCAAGAUAAAAACAAAUAAACAAAUAAAGAAACAAAAUCUAAACAAUGCGCAAAACAGAAAUGUGGAACACAUGUAUUUGCUACACACAAAACAACGUGAAUGGCUUAAUAUAGAAGAAGAGAAAUUAAAUGCAUAAUUAAAGUGAAUGGAUCGAAUGCAAUGAGAAACUAUAACAGAAAAGUACUACAAAAAAAAGCAAACGCAAGAAACUAUACCACGUUAAAGAUUAAAAAAAACCCUAAAGACCUAAAGACGUUUAAAAAAACACACACAAACACACUUGAGCGUAGAUCGGAAGGACACAGGCGAAGAAACAAGCGCGUGUAACAAUGUAACAAAUAACAAACUAGGUAACAAGCAAAUCAUACAUAGUGAGACAUUCAAAUGAGGAAAGGAGCGAGACGGUAACAGUAAAAACCAAGCACACACGCAAUACACAAUUGUGACAAAGGAAAGGAGAAAGUGAAAGUGCCUGAAACAGAAACAUACCGAGAGAAGAGUAACCGACACACACACACACACACAAACGACGUAUAAACGACGUUAAGAAAUGAUGUGUUUCUACAGAUUCCUACUCCAACACAAACACACUCACACGCGCGCGCGCUCAUAUUCGUUUUGCGUUUUUCUUCCAUUCACCAACAAUCGUUUAAUGAUCUUCUGCGGUGGAUCCGGAAAAUACAAACAAAUUUACAGCUUUUCAGCUUCAAAUCCCCCCUCCCAGUUUAUGUUAUCAACAUUGGAAAGAGAGAGAGAGAGAGAGAGAGAGAGAUGAACAAACAAACGUGUAGAAACACCAUUUCACUUGAAGCACUUAUGAAGGCAGACAAGAGAUAGAAAGAGAGAGAGAGAGACACGACACAAUUCGAGGCAAAGUAUUAUAAUUACAUGUAAUAUAAAAAAGGUGUAACAGAAAGCGUAUGCACACGUAGACGUAAAACAAAAACAAAUCAAAUCAAAGGACAUCAAGGGGCCUAUGUGUUUGUGUGUGCAGGUUAUGUUUAGCAUUUGCGUUUACCGAACCAACCACGUUGUGUGUAAUAAUCUUUCGUUAUGAUUAACACGAAGUGCGAAGAAAUGAUAAAUUUGCAUUUGUCCGUAGGAUUAGUUGUGUCUGUGUGAAUAUGUGUGUGUGUGCGUGUGUAUGCAUUUUUUUCGAACAAAUGUAUUCGAUUCCGGCUCGUUGUGACGCACGUGUUAGGUUUAAUUUAGGCUUUUCUUCUAAACUCGCCCAGCAGCACGCUCGUUUCUCCUCUAAGCGAUCGUUUUGCCUACAAUCAUGUACAGUAAAACACUAUUCUGCGUAGAUAAUGUACCACAACACUCACUGAGUAGGCGUCGUACGACUAAGCAUCGACUGAGCAUGUUCGGUUGGGAGUGUGUGUGGGGUGUGGCGUACAGUGGCGUUUAACCCACUACACCGACGGUCGUCACCUACUUUCAUAAACAUAAUGUAACUUUAUUAUACUGAAUUAUGUUGCGUGUGUGUCUGUGUGUGUGAGUGUGCGAGAAAUAAGUCUUUUCUGUUUUGUGAGUUUCGAAUUGCUCGACAAUAAAUGAAGCCCCAGCAAUUGGGGGGGGAGGACGACAGAUUGGUAAAGAAGGAUUAUCGUUACUGCAAUAUGAGGAGGAAGUAGAUCCAUCCCCCGUCGCUGCUGCACACGGUGACGGUGGGGCGCAAUAGUUAAAAAAACGGAGAAGGGGGCUAUAUUUUUAUCUACUUUUAUCCGCUUUUUGACCCACUGUAUGAUAUAUAGUAUGCUUACUUUUUUCUCCUCUCACUAUCACUCUCUCUCUCUCUCUCUCUCUCUCUCUCUCUCUCUUUCUCCAAACAUUGUAAUGCAAAUAAGUUAAUGCGCACAGGGCACCAUAAGGGCAGAGAAUGUAGCUAACAUAAAAGGGUUAGACGUACAGUGAAAAGUUUGUAUUAUACAGCGUACAGCAGUGUGGCACACGGGGAAGGAAGGGAAUCACACAUUAGGAAGAGUUGAUAUAAGUAUAAAACUCACACGAACGAGCCAGCUUAGAGGGUGGUGAUGAGUGGUACUACACACGCUAAACUCAAGCGGACAAAAGUCAAAAGGGUAGAACAAACCCCCAAAUGUCUCAUACAUAAUGAGAGGGGCAUGCAUAUUAUUACAUUGCACAUGUUGUAUUUUUUUCCUAGUCUUUUGAUGUGUGUACCACCACACACAGUGGUUUUGUGUGUGUUUGUUUCAUCAUCAUUGCAUUUCACAAGCUGGUCAACAACAAAACACCAUUCUGUGACAUGCGUAGGAUUGCAAUCACUUAAAUUCACCAACACUCACCAUCAUCAGCUGACUACGGGAAAACAGCAAGUGCUGAGCGCUUUGCUACAGAAGAGUGUAAACAAAAAAAAAAAAACAUAGCGCAGGUGUAGCAAUCGAGAAAUAUUUAUUCUCCCCCCUUGUUCCGCUUUCCUUUCAUCGAAAAGUGUAUAAUCCUCGUUCAACGCAAAAUGCAUACAUAGAAAAGGAAGCAUAUUAAAGGAUGGUUAGUAAUGGAAAUGGAUGACAGAAGAACCAGGGGGCAUCGUUUCGUUAAGAACGUAUUGAGAGUAAAAACAGAAUUUGCAAAAGAAGAACGGCUGGAGAAAACAAAGAUUACUGACCCACAAAACAAAACAAAACACAACACACAACUGUUCAGUUAUGAAAGAUGAAAUAACUAAAGCAUAUAUAAAUAUAUACAUAGUGAGCAGCAUAAAACAUGGAAACUUUGUCAGGUAGCUAGACCGCUGGUGUAGUUAGUGGAAGACGAGAAAAAAAAAACAAACAAACACCUAUACCUAGAGGCAAAAAUCAGGUAGUGUGUGUGUAGUACACAACAAAAACGCGACAGUGCUUACAGGAAAGACGCACGCCACACAGCAAUGAUGCGUUAAAAGUGGUGUUGUUGUUGUCUUGUUUAAAAUAAUAUAAAAACACACACAUACACACUCACAGGCGAGAUGCAAAACGUGUCUAAAAUACACGAAAGCGCACGAUGAUAACACUCAUGUAAAAUUAUGUAAAAUGAAGUAAAGAAUGGAGGGGGCGGGGGGGGUGAGGGUGACAGCGAAGGAAAAAAAAAUCAUAGAAUAAAGCGCGAAUGAAGGCGAAUGAGUGUGAAUGGAAUGAAAGCAGCGCGGGCGGGAAGAAGCAAGAAUUACAACAAAAAAGCUAUAUAAUAGAAGUGAAUGAUCGAAGAUAAAAAUAAAGAAAACAUUUUAUACGA